AUGUCGGUUGAAAGCUUGACUGUGGCCUCUUCAUCAACAUGGCUGCCAUCAGUCAGAGUUUCACUUUUUUCAUAUGGCCAUGCCAACGGACCAAUUGUGCAACAACAUAGCCAAGCGCGCUGUCACAAAAAUUUGUCUUAUAAUAUUCGUCACUUGCCAAACCCGCCGCGUCAUCUCCGAGCUAAUGCAACCGGUCUGUCCCGGCGGCUUCAGAAGGAGUUUUUGCAAAAUGAUAGCGUCGAGGCAUUCUUGAUAAAGGUCCAAAGUGAACUUCUAGAUGCAGUCAAGACAGAACGUGACCAACUUUUGUGCUCAAGUGAGCAAACUGCACAACAAUCUAAAGAGGUUCACGAGAACUCCGAUAGAAAUGCCCAUGCCAGUGAAGAGGCCACUCUGGAAGACCCGGACAUCGAUGUUGUUGUGACAAUAUGUUGCGAAGAAGGCCGUCACCGGAGCGUUGCGUUUGUCGAGGAACUCGCCCGAAGACUGACUUUGUUCAAACACGAGGAUGACCUGUCUCGGUGCUGGAAGCUAUAUGUCAAUGUUACACAUCGUGAUAUUGGAGAUCUCAAAGAUUUGGAGCAAUCGACUGGUCAGCAGAGGCGCCCAAACAAGGCUCAAGCCAAAUCUCGACAAAGGGAACGACGUGCCAAAGGGGAUCGGUAUGGACUGCAUAUUGAGGGGGAUGAUGGCGACUGCUCGUCAUAA